UUCUGUUUCUAUUCAUAACAUAACAAGUUUCUUUCUUCGCAGUUCUAAGCAUAUCAUAUGAGAGUUUUCAUUCCGAUUAUUGUGUCUCCUAUGCUUGUGCAAUCGUAGUUCCCGUUGGCGUCUGAGAGUAUAACUGAUCGUUUCGGGAUUCCGAGUAUUCCAUCGAUAGUGUUGUUAAGACAGUGUUCUGAAUUAUGGCAGUUUAUUUAAUGCAGAAAAAUAUAAUAUUAUCGCGGACGGUCAACUUCAAACCGGUCCCCAAGAAAUGGCCGACCAAAUGGACAGUAGUGAGGCGAUCGAUCUCCGGCCUUAAGAACAAAGAGCAGCCCUCUGAACAACAGCAUAUCGGUGGCCAUCAGCAGAAAGGUAAAUUUGUUAGAAUUCACAGAAAGUGGAGUUGGAAGGCCGGAGCCGGUUGGACUAUAUUAUCCGUUUUGGAUUGGUGGUUACUAGCUGCAGGUGGUUGGCUGACAUGGCGGGGCGUUUUUCUGCGCUGGACUCCGUUAGGUAUUUGUAUGAUUGCUGCCGCACAAUGGCACAUACAUAACCGUGACCUCGACAGAAAGGGCCUCCCUCGAACGGCGGCCUCAUGGCAGAUGAAAAUGUAUUGCUCUUUGCCGCUCCGUGUGAUGAGUCGAUGCUGGGGCUGGCUCGCUGAUUGUCGAGUGCCAACACCUGCCAGACCUCUAGUCUAUGGGCUAUACUCUACCGCCUUCGGUGUGAAUAUCGAGGAAGCAGCCUCAUCGGAUUUCAAAAAUUAUCGAAGCUUGGCUGAGUUCUUCACUCGUUCCCUGAAGGAUGACGUGCGUUUCAUCGAUCCUCACAGUUGCGUCGUAUCGCCUUGCGACGGAAGGGUCCUGCAUUUCGGUUUAGCAACUAACAGCCAAAUUGAACAGGUGAAAGGCGUCUCCUACAGCUUGGAAGAGUUCCUCGGACCACCCACAUGGUGUGAGUCUGAAUGCUCCGGGUAUGUCGAUAAAGUGAAGAAGAAAUCCCCCGACAGUAUGCUGUAUCAGUGUAUAAUCUAUUUGGCACCGGGCGAUUAUCACCGUUUCCAUUCUCCGACCGAGUGGAAACCGGAAAUCAGGCGGCAUUUUUCCGGUGAAUUGCUGUCCGUCAGUCCUAAGAUUGCAGGAUGGAUGCCCGGUUUGUUUUGCCUGAACGAGCGGGCGCUUUACGUCGGCAAAUGGAUGCACGGAUUCUUCAGCUUCACCGCGGUUGGCGCAACCAACGUUGGAUCAGUGCAAAUUUACAUCGACGAGAAGCUGAAAACAAACAAAUGGGUGGGUUUGGAGGUCGGUACGCAUCGCUGCAGAGAAUACGAUGAGGUGACGCUUCCAGAGGAUACCUUCUUGGAAAGAGGACAAUUGCUGGGGCAGUUCAAUAUGGGCAGCACAAUCGUGCUUAUUUUUGAAGCACCACAUGAUUUCAAAUUCAAUCUUCACACCGGACAAGUGGUGCGGAUGGGGCAGCGUAUCGGUUGUGUGAAUGAGGAAAACAGUGAAAAAUCUAGCAAAACGAAAAAUUCUACCAAAGUUUUAUAAAAAUAACUAUAACAUCAGUCGAUAAUAUAGAUAUUCGUUUUGAUUAUAAAAUUUUAUAAGCGUUAGUAAUUAUAUGAUACUUCGGCCAGCAAUAUGCUGAAUGAUUGACUUUCGCGUAUUAUACCGGUAACGAUCCUGCUGAAAUAUCCUGAUAACAAUACACAACACAAGUUUGCGCUCAUCGUAGUACAUAUUGUACAUGUAUUGAAAGACAAAUAAUAAACAAAGUUUUUGUUUGUAA